AUGAGUUUCAGAGCUCCCAUCAUUUUUAUUAUUUUGGUGGUUGAGGUUCUCAUUUUAAUUGCAGUUCUUUUCGACCUAUUUUCAUAUGGUAGGCUUGAUUUUUUUUUGAUUUAUGAAUUUUUUUUUCAAAAAUUUCAGACUGGAACAUAACUCCUCAAGGUGGUAAACCGACUCAUGAAGGAAUUGCAAAUUGUUUGAUUCCUUGGAAUUUCAGACAAUGUUCAACGUUUUGGAGUGUAAGUCUUAUAGUUUUUGGAUAGCGAAAUGUGUUUUUUUUUGCAGUUUGUCACUUGGAAAAUGGGAACUUCGAUAAUAUCAUUAUUGAUCGCCGCGAUUUCAAUUUUGAUAUCAAUUGGAAUCACUUUACGAUUAACGUGAGUUGAUAAUGAUAAUAGAGUUUUAUGUGUUUUGUUUUUUUUUUUUGUAAACAAAAACAUGAAGAAUUUGUGAAUGUAUAAUUUCAAAAUUCAAAAAUUGUAGUGAUUUUUGAGCAAUGAGAUCUAGUCUAGUCAAGCUCAAAUUUCAUGAAUAUUUUUUUUAGGUAAACAAGCUUUUCCGAUUAGAGAAGAUCUAUAGAAUUUUUAUUUUUGAUAAAGAAAUCACAAACACAAAGGCUGCAAUUUACAAAAAUAUUUUGAAAUUGAAAAAGAUUGUGAUUGAUACGAAAUGUUUUAUUUGAUUUUUCUGUUGCAAAAAACAAUUCAGCUGUGAUGAGACUUUUCUUUUAGAAUUCCGAUUUAUAAAAUAACUAUCAGCAACUUUAUAGAAACCUCGAAAAAAUUCAAUUUUUUUCAGAAAAACCUCAAAUCUUCUUCUCACCGCAAUUCUCAUUCUCUUUGGCUGGACAACAUUCAUCAGCACUACAAUCUCAUUGGUUUCCCGCUUCAAUUAUUACCCAAACACUUUUGGAAACUGCUCUGCUCUUUUUGAUCGACCUCAUAAAGUUGAUGUUUUGUUCAUCAAUGUGAGUUUGAUUUUUUUCUGAUUGGAAAAAUUAAGUUUUCUGAAUUUUCAGCAAAGUUGGAAAAGUUACAUCAGCGUCACUUCUGUUCUUCUCUCAUUCAUGUUUUCUCAAUUCGCUUUACUUCUUGGAUAUUUCAAAAAACCAAGCGCAACUUUCAACGUGAAAGCGAGUAUGGAAUCUCUUCCGAUGCCCAAAAUCACAGUGAAACAUACUGAUAAUUUCUAA